UCUUUCCACUCUAUGUUCUUCUUCUUUUCUUUUUUUCUUGUACCUGCUUCUGACAUCAUUUCCUCAGUUGUAUAUUGGUUUAACAGCAAAGCCAGAUUUUAUUUUCAGCACACGAUGCAAGAAGAUGUUUAAAAUGGAUUUCAGUCUUUCUUUUCCCUUGACAUUCAUGCUGGUGAUUCUGACCAUUCUUGAUGCCCAAACUUGUACUGGCAUGAUCCGGAUUGCUGGAGACAUUGGCAGCACAAUUUCUGUUCCUCUGAAAAUUCUAAACACAACCGAUUUUUCAGUCACAAAAGACUGUCCUCACUUAAUAAACGUAAGCACGGACUGUUGCAGUGACUAUGAGAAACGGAUGUGCCUGAGUAAUGGUACCCUGGAGAUGAAGAAUUUAACUGACAAGGAUGAAGGGAGAUACACACUUGCUGUUGGAAAUGAGAGCAAAACCUUAUUACUUAGAGUGUGUGAACCACCUUUAGUUGUUCGUAUUCACUGUCUUUCUGAUGGAAGAGCUGAUGUCUCCUGUGAAGUGGGUGGACACCCCAAUGACAGUGUUCACUGGACUCUGAAUGGAAGAAAGAUGAAUGAUACUGAGGUUUGUCAGAAGGAUGGUGGCAAGAGGAUUAUUUUGGAAAAAGGAACCCAUGGAAAGCUGGUUUGCUAUAGAAGUAAUGCCUGUAACAGCUCCUCCAUUGAGUUGUCAUGUAAUGAUGGCAAUGAAGGGGAUCUGCUGCAGCACCCACUCUUCCUCUACAUUCUGGCAGCAUGUGGAGGGGGUGCCCUCCUUCUGGCCAUCCUUGCCUCCCUGAUCACCUGCUGCUGCAUGAAAAGCAUGCAUCAUUUCGUUCCCGUGCCUGCAGAGGAUGAAAAAGAUGAGGGGAUCACUCUGUCUGCCAUUUCCAGUGAAGGUCCAAAGAGUCCACCUAACGGAGAACACUGUGAAGCCACAGGUGCCCUUCCUGCCAGUAUUCCGAAUCCUGAUUCUGAGACCUGUGGGAGUUCUAAACAGCAGCCUAAAAUGGAUCUGAAUCCUACUGCUGGCUCUGAGGGGAAAUCAGAAACCAAAACAGAAGAAAAGACUGGAACAGAAACAGAGUUUCGAGAGGUUAUGGUUGACACUGCAGCCCUAGAACUUGUGGAUGAUUGUUUUUCUGAUCCUGUUGAUGCUUGAUCAGAUGUUCUCCUUUUAUGCCUCCCCACAGUCUAGGGAAUUGGUGGUUCUUCAUUCCAACCUGUCUCAAAAUGACCAUGACCUUAUAAAUAUCUGCCUUCCAAUAGCUAAGCCUGCAAACCUGCUUAAUAGUUCAUAUAGGCCAAGGCAGUGAUUGUACUCUAAACAUUAGAUUUAGAAUUAUAUAUGAAGAAUCUAGAUGUAAGGCUUCUUAGCCUCAAAUGAUCUAAAUAAUGUCAGCUUUAUUUCCAUGUCAGUGUUUUCUGGUUUUCUUGAACCCUUGAGAUUCUUGGUUCUGCUGAGACUUGGGCAUGCAAAUUAUGAAACACCAAAGAGGAAUUUCAAAGCAUUUAAUGCUGAAAAUCAUGACAAGCAACACUGUAGAAAAUUCCAAAUGGAAAGAGAGAAAUGUGCUUUUGCAAAUUCUUGUGAUCAAGAAGUAGUAUCAUGCAUGAUGCUGAAUGUUUACGAAAACCAUCCUGACCCAUAGGUUGUAAGCAAGGUUUCCUCUAAGGUCUGCACCUGUGUGUGCACAAUUUUACCUCCCUCUGCACAUAGAUUGUUUUCAGCCUCUUUUAUUCUUGUUGUGAUGGAACCCUGCGUGAGGGGCAUGGAGUUGCACAUGCACACAGGGGCAAAGUCGCGUGUGAGAGAGGCAGAGUCCAGCCCAGUGAGGCUGAAAUUAGAGGGUACAUUGGUUUUAAGUCAUCAGGUAAACUAUAUACAGUGGUGCCUCGCAUAGUGACGAUAAUCGG